CUCUCUUGUCUCCUUUCACUGCAAACUCUUUCUUUCUUCUCCCUCCUUUUUUCCAAAGAUCCGCCAUGAAAGUAGCUGAAGAACACCCCAAUGGACCCAUUACUCCCCUCUUAUCCAACACCCAGCUCCUUCAAUCCCUUGUGGAUUCCAUUCCUCGUGCCCAAAGUUUCAGGGGAAAAUGGGGGUUGAUUCGAACCAAGCUCUCUUCUCUGGACACCCAUCUCUCUGAACUAUCUCCCUCUGCCGCCGCCGCCUCCGUAAACAGUGGAAUCUCCGCUGAGAUACUUCGUUCAGUUUCUGUCGCCCUCUCUGACGCGCUUUGCAUUUCCAUUCGGUGCCAGAGCUCCACCCCUCACGGCGGGAAGCUCAGGACCCAGAAUGACAUCGACUCCGUGUCCGCAAAACUCGACAACCUUAACAGGGACCUCGAGGUCUUGAACAGGAGCGGCGUUCUCAACGAAAGCGGCGCUGUUUCGUCCAAGAGGGAGACGGUGAGGGCGGAGUCGAGGAGCCUGAUUACUAGGCUCCAGAUCGGCACCGCCGAGUCCAAGAACUCGGCCCUCGACUCGCUCCUCGGGCUCUUAUACGAGGAAGACAAGAAUGUGUUGAUAGCCGUGGCUCAGGGAAUCGUUCCGGUGCUCGUUCGCGUACUGGAUUCCACCUCCUCCUGGGAAGUGAAGGAGAAAACCGUCGCCGCCAUUGCGAAAAUCUCCACCGUCGAUUCAAGCAAGCGCGUUUUGAUCGCGGAAGGCUCGGGUCUCCUCCACAACCUGCUAAGAAUUAUAGAAUCCGGAAGCGUUGUAGCCAGAGAAAGUUCCUGCAUUGCCCUCCAAACACUCAGCCAUAGCAAGGAGAACGCGAGGGCAAUAGGGUCCAGAGGAGGGAUUUCGUCGCUGUUACAAAUUUGCGAAACGGGGACUCCCCAUUGCCAAGCAAUGGCAGCUUCCGUGCUCAAAAACUUAGCCCUUUUCCCAGAGAUUAAGGAGCAUUUUGUGGAGGGAAACGCGACCACGAUCCUCCUAGGCCUGUCGAAUUCGGGUACAACGUUGGCCCAAGAGAACGCAAUUGCUUGCUUGUCCAAUUUAAUCUCCGGAGACGAUGAUAAUCUGAAGCUGUUGGUUGCUAAAGAAGGCGGAAUUGAAAGCCUAAAGAAUUUCUGGGAUUCCGCCCCGUCACUUCAGAGUCUGGAAUCCCCUAUUCAGAUGGUGGGAGCGCUAUCGUCGUGUCCAUUGAUCGCCGGCGCUAUAGUGGAGAACGGUUUUCUUAGCCGAAUCGUUGGCGUAUUGAGCUGUGGGGUUUUAGGCGUCAGAAUCGCGGCGGCGAGAGCUUUGUACGAGAUAACAGCAGCAGGGUACAGUGGUUCCAGAACUCGAAAACAGUUGGGUGAGAUGGGGUGCAUUCCGCCGCUGGUGGCGAUGCUGGAAGCCAAGGCCACGGCGGAGAAAGACGCCGCCGCGAGAGCGCUCUCCAGUUUGUUGAUUUGGGCCGGGAAUCGCCGGAUUUUCAAGAAGGAAGAGAAGGGGAUAGUGAGUGUGGUCCAGCUUUUGGAUCCCGUAACGCAUCGGAAUGUAGAUAAAAGGCACCCUAUAUCGAUUUUGUCUUCGCUGGCGCACUCCAAAGAAUGGCGGAAGCAAAUGGCGGCCGCCGGAACGAGCGGGCAGCUGCAGAAGCUAGCUGAGAUGAAUGUCGACGGGGCCAAGAAGCUCUUGGAUUGCUUGGGUAGAAGCAAGCUCUGGGUAGUUUUUAGCAGGCCAUAAGGUAGCUAGCUGUUGUUCAUGAAUGUAAAAUAAUGGUUUUUUUUUUCUU